AUGACUUCAUUGCAUUUUCUUGAUCUUUCUUCCAACCAAUACACCUCAUUGGACCCUCAUUUUCUUCUGUCGAGAAAUCUUCAAUAUCUCAACCUUGGUGUUAACUCAUCUAAUUACAACACGCAUUGGAUCUCUGAUUUGUUGUGGGAUAAAUGCCACUUGAAAUCAUUGAACCUAGUGUAUAAUUAUUUUCAUGGAGAUAUCUCGGUAUUCUUUAAAAACUUAUCGAGAUGUUGGAGCCACACCUUGGAGAAUCUAGAGUUGAGGUUUAAUGAAUUUUACGGGCAGUUGCCUGAAGAACAUGGCGGCAUGAAGCAGUUAAAAGAGUUAGAGUUGUCUGGUAACAAGUUAUCUGGUCCAAUCCCAAUUAUUAUGGGACAACUUUCAGAUUUGGAGCGGAUUGGCAUAUCUGGUAAUGCCUUCAGCAGCCUUUUGUUGAAGAUAGCAACCAAAUGCAUGUGA